AUGGAUUUCAUCAAGACCAGUUCCCUGCGUGCUCUGAUUGAGUUAACUUUCCAACGCAACUGGAACGGCCUCAUUUGGAUGAGUAGAAAAGGAGUUAUAGCCAAAAGAGUGAAGACUGCUCCAGACGGCUCUAUCGAGAAUCAGCGCCCAACCGCGCAGUCCGGCUGGCCGAGGAACGAAUGUUCCGCGCUCGGCCAAAACAUAUCCGUCCGUCUGAAGUCUCGGCCAAAGUUCAAAACCGACCGGCCGAUCACAAUCACGACCCGGGAAACAUAA